AUGGGAAAUAGUACAAAGAAUAUGAAGGGUGGCUUGGUCUACUUGCAAAAGAUUUCAACGAGGCAAGCUGCAUAUUAUCUCUGUCUGCCACUGAGCAAAACUAUGUGUGUUACUAAACUUUGUAUUGUUGUAUACCUGUCAAUUGCCCUGACAGAGUGUGUAGUGGUGUUGAAACCUAUAUCAACUCUAUACCUACCCUAUGUAUAUGUCGAUGACCAACCAUUGUAUGCACCUGGGAAUGAUGUAGCCGAGCAGCUUGCACAUGAUCCAAAGGACCAUCUAGUCUAUGUUGUAGGUACCCACGUGAUUCAUAUUCUCGAUGUUUCUGACGCUGACAAUCCGUAUAUUGUCUACCACAGUAACAUAACUCAAGGUGUCGCAACAGACAUUGAACUUUGCGGCGACUAUGUCGGUAUGUCCGUCGUUGCUGUACCAAAGACAUCACCGGGCACUGUGUUAAUAUUUGAUCGGUAUGACGGCACUGGUAUAUGGAACCCAAUCCAUGAAAUCACUGUUGGUGCUCUGCCAGACAUGCUUCACUUCACCAAAGAUUGUACGACUAUUGUCGUUGCGAACGAGGGCGAACCUGGUGAAUCGGAAUUGGAGGAAGGUACAUAUGUGGACCCCGAGGGAUCGGUCACGAUAAUAACGUUUCCAUCUAAAGACUUAUCGCAGACCCCUCAGAUUACAACCGCCGACUUUACUACAUUCAAUGACAGAGCGGAUCAAUAUGUGUCGAAUGGCGUAAGAGCGCCAAUGAUGGGACAGGUUCCACAGAUUUCUAGUGGUUUCUCACAAAAUAUGGAACCUGAAUACGUAGCCUUCAAUGAAGAUGAUUCCAUUGCAUAUAUUGCGCUGCAGGAAAGAAUAAACAUACAGUCUUGGCCAAUAUUAGGAAUGUAUCAACCAGAUGGCCUUAUAUACAUACAUAUAGACGAUGCUGGGUAUUUGGUCAUGGCAAAUGAAGGCGAUAGUAUGGAAAUAGAAUUUGAAGACGAUUCAUGGGACGAGUCGAUCACAGGCCACGUGUUUGUGCAAGACGACCUAUUGUCAACUACCGUAUCAGAUCGGAUAGCACACGCCCUUGCCAAUGAUAGUAUGCUAGGGCGUCUCGGUUUUAGCAUGGUUGAUGGCAAGAGUGCAUCAAAUUCUACGAAGUAUGACACAUUUUAUUCGUAUGGCGGUAGAAGUUUCUCCAUCAUCAGAACCUCGGAUAUGCAUAGUGUAUUUGAUAGCGGCAGUGAGCUGGAGUCAAUUCACGCAGAGGUUUACCCAUCUAUUUUCAAUAUGAAUGGAAAAUUUAGUAACUUAGAGGAAACACCAGAAGACUUAAUAGAUUCCAGAUCAGACAAUAAAGGGCCUGAACCUGAAUCAUUGGCAUAUGGCAAGGUUGGAUCAAAGGACAUUCUGUUUAUUGGCAAUGAGAGAAUGAAUACUAUUAUGUUGUACAGUGUUACUGGCGGUGGGGGAAUUUUAUCUGUUGCGUUUGAAAGCAUCUAUCGGGCUGGUGGUCUUGAUGAUACAUUUGAUAACUUAUACGGUGAACGCAAUUUAGGCGACUACGACCCGGAAGAUAUGAGAUUUGUAGAUGGUCCUGUUUCUCCAAAUGGCAGACCAAUGUUACUUGUUGCGGCGACGGUCAGUGGGACUGUCUCGCUCUAUGAAGUACUUGAAGAAGAACGCGAAACCCGCAGACCAGAUUUCAGAUCGGCAUACGAUAAAAUAGGUGUACAGAGAGGUGACAUAGAGCAACACAGUACAGGUUUCAGCAUGCCUAAUUUAGGCUCUGUGAUCUCUCCAACACGUGAAAAGUACAAUGUCAUGCUUGAUAUUUUGUCUAAGCAAAAAGUCUUGACAGACUUACCAAAGGGGCCAAUCAGAAUGAGUGUUUACAAACACUUCACAAAGCUGACCAUGGCUACACUGUUGAUAUACAAUUUAUCCUUUGACUGGGAAACACUGAACUGA